AUGAAGCUGUUGCUAAAGAUUCACAACAAAGAGCGCCCAUCGGUGUUUGGGGCGUCACCGGGCCCAACGGGCGGGUUGUUCCAGCGGAAGCGUAAAUAUUAUCAUCGUCGCGGUUCGAAAGCAUCCGCUAUUCCGCUCGCUAGCCUCAACCAACCUGCAUCUGGUCCGUCGCACGUUACCACACCCAUCGCGCCCUCCCCAGUGACGUCAUCCGCAACCGGUGCGUCAACGCUGAGCGGUGGUCCGUACGAGCCUGAUCCGGUGGCCACUUCCGGUACGCUCGUUUACGUGUCGGAAUCCGCCCAGAGACGACCGGUGGCGCGGAGUUCCCCGUUCCAGUCAUCGGCACGCAGUUUUGCUAGCAUUUCCCGGACCGGUCGCAAUAACCAAAACCGCGGAUUACCUUCGACGGAACCAUCGACCCUGCGGCAGGAGCGCUACUUCAUCUACGGGGCGUUAAUAUUCUUCGCGAUCGUCGGAUUUUCCACCGCCAUCUACUUUAUCGUGAACCAAUCUCACAGUUCCCCCGAGCGGCUCACCAGGGAAAUUCUGUUCGACAACAACUACAACGAUCGAACGAUGCCAACGCUCGGCAACAGCCACAUGAUCGUGGAUCGCCGAAAUUGGGGAUCACAACCCGGUGUACACGCGUCCACGCCACUGGAACAUCCGGUGCAGUAUGUGUUGGUCACGCACAUCGGUGUACGCUCGAAGAAUUGCUCAGGGAUGCACGAUUGCGCCAACAGGAUGCGGAUGUUGCAGGAUGCGGCUAUUGGGGAGCGAUAUCUGCCGGAUAUUCCGAGCAAUUUUUACAUUGGUGGUGAUGGAAACGUGUACGUUGGUCGAGGAUGGGACAUUGCCAACGCAUAUCACAAUCGGACGGUGUCUGUCUGCUUCAUAGGAGACUACGAGCGUUUGGAACCGAACGAAUCCCAACUGUCCGCUAUGCAGCAUCUGCUGACGUACGGCGUGAUCCAGUACAAGUUGUCGAAGGACUACAAACUCGUCGCUCGACGGCAGACGAAGAAAACCACCAGCCCGGGUGAAAAGCUGUACAAUCGGAUCGUUCGGCUUCCACGGUGGAAUCCGUGCAAUACGCAGACGUAUGCGCAUUGUGGUGCAGAACUUGGGUUCUCGAGCGUUUGGGACGACGAGCAUGAUUUCAACGAGCGUAAUGGAUUGAAAAACCCACUGCUUAUUCACCGGAAAAACACCGAGGAAGACUUCGAUGGACACAAUAAUCAGAAUAAACUAAUGGAGUCGAAUGCUACCAACGGAAUGAUGUACGAGCGACCUAUCGUGUACAGCGUAAUCGUGCUGUUCGUAAUCGCAGGUCUGCUCCUACUGUUUUACGUUAUCUAUUGGACGCUUCCGGUCAGCGAUAAAACCAUCGAGAAGGAGCUAUUUUUUGAGAAUGAUUUUACCUCCCACUCUAUUCCCAACCUCGGUAAUGGACAUUUGCUUAUCGAUCGUAACAACUGGGGCGCGCAAGGAGUGCAAGGACCGUACGAACUGCUGCAUCCCAUCCCAUACGUCCUGAUAACGCAUAUCGGUGUGCACUCGGAAAACUGCUCGAAUGUGCACGUGUGUUCUAUCAAGAUGCGAACGUUGCAGGAUGCUGCGAUCGCUGAAAGGAGUCUUAAGGAUAUUCCCAGCAACUUUUACCUCGGAGGUGACGGUAAUGUGUAUGUCGGUCGUGGCUGGGACACGGCCAACGCAUACGCCAACAUGACCCUUGCCAUCUGCUUUAUGGGUGAUUACAACCGUUACGAACCGAACGAUCUGCAAAUGGCGGCCCUGGACCAUCUGCUGACGUACGGCGAGCAGGAGGAUCUGUUGACGAAAAAUUACAAAAUCGUCGCACACAGACAGGCACGGAACACACGAAGCCCGGGCAUAAGGGUUUACGAAAAAAUAACGCAACUCACACGUUGGUAUCCUUGCGGGUUGCCAGGAUACGAACGGUGUGGUGUCGAGAUUGGUCUGCCAGCCAUCUGGGAUCAGGAAUACCCGAAGGGUUUAACGACGAGCGCACCCGCCAGUAAAAAUAGUACUCAAAAUGGUUCAUCCCGUAUACUUAACAAUCGUAAACCCCCGUUACGUCUCAACAUGGCGAAAGGAAGUCGCCAUUCGCCGGAAAGUAGUGUAAAACUAUCCGCAGAAAGUAACGCCACAGACGCGAUUCCGGCAGGUGGUGCAAAUACGCACAUGGUUGUAAAUAACCCUUGCACCGUAACCAGCGCGACAGAUAGUACCAGAGGCAGUCUCUCCAAUAUCUCGACGACAUCCAUCAAACGAACAGACAACGCCUGUGAUGACGAUUCGAGUGCGUUCGAUAGCAGUAGCGAUACGGAGUGCGAUGAUGAUUCGAUUAAGCGUACCAUUGAAAGCAUAUCGGGUGCACUGGUACCGGGAGAGGCUCGUGUCCUACCGAGCGGUGGUGCGCAAGCCUUCAAUCCGGCACUCCGGCCAGGAUCCGGGCGUACCGAACCGGGAACAUCCAGUAUCGGUGCCAUUGCGGUACACAACUCAUCCGACAUCACGUUCGGCAACAAAACGUACAUCAAGGGGCAGGUUGUGAUUAAAAAUAUCUACCAGGAUCGCACGAAUGGAGUCGUGAACGAAGGGUACCAAGGGCAUGAGAACGAUGUGAUCGUAACUAAUUCCACUAAAAAAGUGCCAGCUACAGUCCCGGUACCUUCAGAGCCGCGAACGUGGCAGUCUAGUCUUAAGGCAAUCAUCAAAGAUAAACCCUUUCUCAGCUUUAUCGUGAUGAUAUCGUUAAUGAUCGUCCUGUGUGCCAUUGUAGCGGUCAUAUCGAUUCUCACCGCGUCAGGUAAAGCUAGGUUAAGGCCACCCAUUGGUGACGGCAACGACAACCGUCCCAAUGUCCCGCAGGACAAGGACAUAGAGGACGAUCUAAUUCCAGAUCCGAGGCCACUACGGAUAGUGUCGAGGACAGAGUGGCUUGCACAGCCGCCUCGUGAGAAUUUAACAGAUCUGAAGCUGCCGGUAAACAAUGUUAUAAUUGCUCAUACCGCCACCGAAGGCUGCACCACUCAGGAAGGUUGCAUUGCGCUUGUGAGAUCAAUUCAAAGGUAUCACAUGGGCACAGCCAAGUACGGUGAUAUUGGGUAUAAUUUUUUGAUUGGUGGCGACGGAUUUAUCUACGAAGGUCGCGGAUGGUUUAAAAUAGGCGCCCAUACAAAAGGUUACAAUUCAAUCAGCCAAGGAAUUGCGUUUAUUGGUAACUACGACACUAUCGACCGGCCAACAGAAACUCAGAUGGAACAGUUGGAACUACUUCUUCGUAACGGAACAGAGAAUGGACAUCUUCACACCAACUAUGAGCUGUUCGGUGCCAGCCAGCUCCAAGGGACCAUUAGUCCUGGAAAAUAUCUCAUGGAGCGGCUUCGAUUGCUGCCGCAUUUUAGAGAAAAUGUUCGGAAAAUAGGACAAUAAUCAUCAAGCUCUCAAAUCAACACCCUACUUUGAAUCUAUUCUGAUCGUAACUGGAGUCCUCUAACACAUGGAUUGAAAAAAUUGUUCGGAGAGCAAAUUUGUUACUGUACAAAUGUUUAACAGAUAAUCGUGACUUUUUUUUUAAAUAUUGAAAUUCUUUUUGAAAGGGGCUGAUUGAAAAGCACCUAAAAAGUGGAGACAUAUUUGGAAACAUCGUACAUGAAACUUAAGUUUAUGUUUGAUCAAUGGAUUAAGCUCGAACAAUAUGUUUAACUACUUGCUGAUAAUAUAUUGAUCA